GGCACAAUCGAAUCAGAUCGCAUAUCUUUCUUCGUUACUACUUCCACAAUGUCGUUGAACGCUUCUUGCUUGUUUUGCCGGAUUAUCAAGGGCGAGAUCCCGUCCUACAAAGUGUUUGAAUCGUCAAAGGUCUACGCCUUCCUAGACAUCAAUCCUCUCUCGGAGGGACACACGUUGGUCAUUCCGAAAUACCACGGCGCAAAGCUUCAUGAGAUCCCCGAUGACUAUCUCAGUGACAUCAUCCCUGCGGCUAAGAAGAUAGCUCUUGCUCUCGGAGCUACGCCUGACGAUGCGUUCCAGUACAACAUUCUGCAGAACAAUGGCACCAUGGCUCAUCAGGUUGUUCAACAUGUGCACUUCCAUGUCAUCCCGAAGCCCACCGAAGCCGAAGGUCUCGGCGUUGGAUGGCCCCAGAAGCCUACUGACUUUGAUGCGCUCAAGAAGACUCACGAGGAGCUCGUCAAGAAGAUCGAGUCGCUAUAAGUGUUCAGCAGCUACCUCUUUCCGUGAACGUCGAAUAUAUUAAAACUAAAAGCCAAAC